GGCUGUGUUAGUAAUCACACAUCCACAAACCGUGGGUCACAGCAUGUCUCAAAGUCUGUGUGUGGAUGUGACGUCCUGCAUGCAGAGGUACACGCCUGCAGCAUGCACCAGCCAUGCGCCACCUGUCGGUGUUGGGGAGAGCAGGGAGGUGGAGCUGCUCUAAAAUUAACACACCCACAUUCACAGGCUCAUACACUCACUUUCUCUCUUCCUCUUUCAGCAAUGACACCUUGGAGUUCUUAAACAGGACGCGCCGUAAACCGGUGAACUGGAGACAGACUACUUCCUGUAGCCAUGUAAAAAUGGAAGGACUCUACUUUGAAGUGAAGCUCAAACAAGAUGAAUCUAAGAAUCGGCCUGUGAAGCUGACUUCAAACCGCCAUUCAAGUCCAUCGUUCUCAAACCUCUCCACUUCCAUAAAAUGUCAGGAAACCCCUCGUUCAGUGAUCAGUGAGAGGGCUAAAUCAUGGGGGAGCAAAUUAGUCGACCUGGGUGAGAAGAAAGAAGAAGAUGAGGGGCUAACGUAUAAACUGAAGCUGAUUGGUUCUCUGCCAGUCCACCACCUCACCACCAUGACCAUGUUGCCCUGGGUGGUGGCAGAGAUCAGCAGGUCGCGUCCUGUGGGAAAGGAGACGGGUACGAAGGUGCGGUCUGUGAGGACUGGAGUUGGACAUGUGCAUAGUUUUGCCCCCAAUCAGAUGGUGUCUCUGUGUGUAUCUACAUCCUGGGUUCAGUGUGGGUCAGCACUGGAGGAAGGUGCAGUCUGGGAUCCUCUCUCACACACAGUGCUGUUUGAAUGUCGUCCACACCAGGUGACCAAGCUCAUUCACAACAGUCAGGAUCCUGGCAGCUUCGGAUGUCUGGUCAAAAAGGAGCCCCACUGUGCCUGCUUUGUGUUCCAGUGCCAGGACAGCACCAAGGUCCCUGAGAUCAUCAGUUCGCUGAGGCAAGCUGGCAAGACCUCCGCCCGCAACAAUGAUAUCCUGAACACUGGUGACAAAACUCCCUCCGCAGGCAAUGAUUCCUCAGAAUCAUGUUUCUCUUAUCCCUCCCUGACGACAACUUCCGCAGCACCCGCUGCUGCUUUGUCACCGACAGCUUUUGCCAAAAGGUUCGAGGUACUCUUCUGCGGUCGUGUUAGUGUUGCUCACAGGAAAGCCCCCCCUGCACUCAUUGAUGAUUGCAUUGAGAAGUUCAGCCAGUUACAUGGCUCAGGGACGACUGAUAAGGAAGGAAACAGCGGUGGUUUGGUGGGUGGGUUGAGGAGGGCAUUGAGCUUUCAGUCCAAUGGACCUGGAAGCAGCGUUGUGGGUAAUGGUGCCGCAGGAAGUCCUUACACCAACAAGAAGACACUGUUUUACCGGCGAGACCCCAGCUUUCCUUGUCUGCAUGCCCUGGACGAAAAUGGACUUUCACCAGAAAUUUCCAAUGCAAACACUACUGAUGCACUUUCCCAAUCCAUUGAGGUACAACCCACAAACCUGCAGGAGAACAGGACCAUGCUCUUUAUGGUUGGCAGGUCUCAGGUCUUCUUGGUUAGUCCAGACACAAAGAAGGUGGCCAUAGAGAAGGGUUUCAAAGAAAUCUCUUUCUGCUCACAGGGUAUUCGGCACGUGGAUCACUUCGGCUUUAUUUGCAGAGAGGUGGUGGAAGGUGGAAAUUGCCACUUUAUGUGCUAUGUCUUUCAGUGUACAGAUGAAUCACUGGUGGAUGAGAUAAUGCUGACUUUAAAGCAGGCAUUUUCUAUGGCAGCUCUCCAGCAGAGUGCAAAGACCCAAAGCCAACAGUGUGACAGCUGCCCCAUGCAACAGCUGCACAAACUGUGUGAAAAGAUUGAAGGUCUACAUCCUUCUAAAACCAAACUGGAGCUUCAGAGACAUUUGGCCACUCUGGACAAUGAGGAGCAGGCAUCAGUAUUUGAAAACACCAUGAGAGCUCAUCCCAAGAGUGAUCAAGAAGAGAAUGAGUUGGUGAUGACUUCACUGAGAAACCUGUAUGAGGAGAAACAGAAGAGCCAUCAGCACAUUCUGUCUGGAGACAGCAAACAAAGUGAAGAGUCAGCUCCAGCCCCUGUGGAGGUGCAGCAGCCAAGCAGCAGCCGACAGCGACUAGAGCAGUUUAAGAGUCGAGCCAAGCGCUCCCUCACUGAGUCCCUGGAGGGCAUCUUGAAGGGAAGCAGCAGGUCCAGAGUCCACCGAGAAAACAGUGAAGGUAGUGAGAGCAGCUCAUCCAUCUGUACUGUUAAUAGCAGCCAAGACCAGCCCAGCUUAGAUGACGCCCUGCCUGUCUCCACCCAGCUGUCCCCCACCAGCCCUCUCAGGUGCCACAAUUCAACAGGAGACCUAAAGUGCCUUGAUGCUUCUCUCCACUUGUCCCCUUCCUUCUCCUCUUUACCUGGAGAUGCUCAGCCGCAGGCCUUCCGUCGUCGUGCCAGCACCUACAGCCACUCGCCCACCUCCUCAUCUGGAACCGAGUACUCAUCAAUGCAAACACUACUUUACACUCCGCCGAAUUCCGCUGCCUCCGUCAAGCCCAAGCUCGUACGACACUACUCUGUCAGCACUGACACACCCCACCAGAGCAAACAUGUGCCAUCAAACUCCAACCUUCCUCCUGUUCCUUGCUCACAUUUACCCUCCUCUCCUCUGCUCCCACAUCAUCCUCCCUCACCUUAUUCUGGAGCCCGACUUAAAAGAAGCCCUCUGGGUGGUCUUCGUGCUCGUCUCCAGUCCUCUUCCUCUGUCCCUAAUUUUUUGAAAUUUCAAUUUCUGGCACCUGUCCAAGAGAACGAUUGCCCUGAGCUAAGGAGCAGGGAUGUCGCUGCUCUCUCCACGUCGGCUUUGGCUGGAGAGGUGGAGGAAAGCCCCGUGCGGAGUCACCGUCACUCAUGGAGGCAGCAGAUUUUCCUCCGGGUCGCUACACCUCAGAAGAACAUGGACAUCAAUGAGCGGGCAGAUUCCUGUCUGGACAUUGGACGCGUGUGUGCCAGCCCAGUGGGAGCUGGAGGAAAUGUGGAUAUGAGAGCGUUGCCCGAGGAGAGAACGAAAAGAAGCAAAGAGGAGCUCAGAGAUCUGUGGAGAAAGGCCAUCCUGCAGCAAAUCUUGCUGCAGCGGAUGGAGAGGGAGAACCAAAAACUACAGGCCUCAGAGAACCAUCUACAGAACAAGCGCCUGAAGCUGGACUAUGAGGAAAUUACUCCGUGUUUAAAAGAGGUUACUGUGGUGUGGGAGAAGAUGCUGGGAAUGCCGGGUCGAUCAAAGGUCAAAUUUGACACAGAGACCAUACACGCUGCUGUUGCACAAGGAGUCCCGAGGCAGCAUCGAGGUGAGAUCUGGAAGCUCCUCUCAGAACAGUACCUGCUCCGACAGACGGUGCCCUCCAGACCACCAACCAACCACACUCCAUACAAAGAACUGCUAAAGCAGCUCACCUCACAGCAACACGCCAUCCUCAUUGACCUUGGUCGCACUUUUCCCACUCAUCCGUAUUUCCAAGCACAGCUGGGGGCUGGUCAGCUGUCUCUCUACAACAUACUGAAAGCCUAUUCACUGUUGGACCCUGAGGUGGGCUACUGCCAAGGUCUGUCCUUCAUUGCCGGAGUAUUGCUGUUACACAUGGGGGAAGAAGAUGCCUUCAAUAUGCUCAAGUUUCUGAUGUAUGACAUUGGGCUGCGUAAACAGUACCGGCCUGACAUGAUUAUCCUCCAGAUUCAGAUGUACCAGUUGUCGCGACUGCUCCAUGACUACCACAGGGAUCUCCACAGCCACCUGGAGCAACAAGAAAUCGGGCCCAGCCUAUACGCCACCCCUUGGUUCCUUACAGCCUUUGCCUCUCACUUCCCCCUCGGUUUUGUGGCCAGAGUCUUUGAUAUGUUGUUCCUCCAGGGGUCAGAGGUCAUUUUUAAAGUUGCCUUGAGUCUGCUGGGAAGCCACAAACCUCUGAUCCUGCAGCAUGACAGCCUGGAGUCCAUCGUGGACUUCAUCAAGACCACCCUGCCCAACCUGGGCCUGGUGCAGAUGGAGAAAACCAUCAACCAGGUCUGUGAGAUUGAUGUGUCCAAGCAGCUCCAGGCUUAUGAGGUGGAGUACCACGUCCUGCAAGAUGAACUGCUGGACACACCCCCCAGUCUCAACCAACAGCAGCGGGCAGCCCAGCUUGAGCGGACCAACCAGAGCCUGCGGCAGCAGAACCUGGACCUUCUCGAGGAACUUCAGGUGUCCCAUGCUCGUGUGCACAGUCUGGAGACUCAACUGGAGGCUCUGGUCCAGUCAGAGGGUCAUCUGAAAGAGCAAGUGUCAUCCCUGGAGGAGGAGAAACAUCAUCUGGUCAGCACAGUGACACGUCUCCAGGACCUUCUCACCAUGCUCGGCCUAAACAGCACCCUGGAUGAACACACACUCCCUACACUUACCAACAGACAAACGGCCUCAGCAGAGACAAAGACAAACAACAGUGUGGACACCCCCCAGUAACCCACAGCCUCACCAGGGUGUCCUUAAGUACAAAUGAUACUUUUCCAAACAGGAAGUUGAGUGAGAGGAGUCAUCGCCAGGACCUUUCACCUCCACCCUUGUCCUAUUCACGCCCACAGAAUGUAAAAGGAGGAAGGACAGAGGAAGUUGGAGAUAAGAAUAGUGAAGAUAAGUGGAAAUUCAACCAAAAAUGUGGAUGAAGUCAUGAGAAGAGAAACCAAAAAUGACACCCCUGAGUAUGAUCCUAAAAUUCCAUGAAUGCCCUGUGUCUCAGCUCUAACAAUGAACAGUAAACCCAAAGAUAGCUCUGUGUUUCUGGACCAGUGCUGUGAAAACAAAGCACCUGUAUUUGACUUGUUUCUGUGUGUGUGUGUGUGUGUGUUUUAUGUUUCUGAGAUGUUAUGUUUUAUAGAACUGUGCUACGUGGAACAAAACCCAAAACUCCAAAGACUGAACAUAUCUUCAAAAAAAACACAUGGUAUUUAUCAUCCUCAUGUUCUGCUGGUAGGACGUACAGAAGACGGGAGAGUGACGGGAAAGUGAGAUGAGAUGAAGGGACGAGUGAAGUAAGGAACUUCACGACAAACUGUUUUUUCUGUUAACAAAGUUUGACUGCAAGUUAAGUAAAUUCCUGUCGGAGCUGAUUUUUUUGUUGUUGUUUUUUUUUUGUAUCUCUACACUUUUGUCUUUGGAUUAUGUGUUUUUAAAUUUUAAUCUAGCCACAGUAUCUGUGAGGAUGAGUUUCACUGUAAAUCCGAACCAUUUUUCGUCCACUUUUGAUUCACCGCUGUGGGGAGGGAAAGUUUCAGCAGAAGUGUUUUCCACUGCAGCAAAGACCAGAGCUUUAAAGUGAACAUGUGUAUAAAUGUUAGUGAGCAGACCUCUGCUGUGAGACGGUCUGUCAGCUUUAAAUCAUAUACUGUAUCCAACACAUACAUUCAACACGAGUGUCACUGUGUGUCUGUGCACUUCACUGAUUUACACUGUAAAGUCAUUUUCUCCUACUAUUGUUGCACAUGGUUUUGUUUUUAUUGAUUACCACUCUGGUUGUUAUGUACUUCCAAAUACAUACAAGUAUUCUUUCAGCACACCUGGGUUUUUUUUCUACAUGAAACUGUAUGCUCUCACGUGUCAGACCUAUGGAAGUUAGUGCCGCAGACUGAACGACCUCCUGUCGAAACAUGCUGUUCAGUUUGAAGGCUUCGGGCAUAUGGGAAUAUACCGUACACAGUAUUUAAGACAUAGACGUGUGUUUGUUUCUAAGAACUUCUAGGUGUUGCAGAGAGAACAUGUUGGGACAUGUCUGAACUGCAUCUCCUUGAAGCAUAUACACAACAGAAACACCAGCAGCUGACCAGCAACAAAAGAAAAAUGCAGAAGAACAUUUCAUAACCAUACAUUCAUACACUUAGCAGAACCUUUUAUCCAAAGUGACUUACAAGUGGGGGAGGUGUCACCAGGUCGUUUCACAUAUGUGAUGCAGACAUUCAUGAAUUUGCACAUGUAGCCCCGGCAAUACUUAUGAUUGUUUUUCUUUCUUUCUUUUCAUCCUGUUUUUUUUAAUCUAUUGUUUUUAUAUAGAACUGCAUUUUUUCAC